AUGUUCUACGGCGACUCCAUCACCGCCGGCGCCUGCCUCGGCGACCCCGGGGAGGACCAGUACGACGACCUCUUCUUCCACGACGGCACGCGGGCCUAUGGCGCACAGACCGCUGCGCGGCUCGGGGCGGACUACGUCGGCAUCGCGGUCAGCGGCAUCGGCAUCACCGCCACCUGGGGCGAGCAGCUGAUGCCGCAGGUCUGGAACCGGCUCGCACCGCGGCUGGAUGCACCCGUCGUGGCCGACGACCGCGCGCCGGACGUCGUCAUCGUCAACCUCGGCCAGAACGACCAUGGCUUCCCGGCCUCCAAGGGCCGGCGCAUCGCUCCCGACUUCGGCCCGCGCUACCUGGCCUUCGUGCGCGAAUUGCGCGCCCGCUACCCGCAGGCGCGCCUCGUGCUGAUGAUCGGCGGCAUGACCGCCUGGCGCGACGAGCCCGCCAUCCCGCGAGCCCUGCGCGACGCGGUCGCCACGUUGCGCGCCGAGGGCGACACGCGCGUCUGGACGACCACGCUGCAGGCGUUCGCCUGGGCGCACCCGCGGCUGGACGUCCACACCCGCAUGGCGGACGAACUGACCCGCUUCCUGCAAGAGGAGGUCCUUCCAUGA